AUGACGGCAAGCGCCCGGAGGAGCAGGCUGGCGCUGUUGCUGCAGGUACUGUUGCCUUUCUUGCUGUCUUUGUUCUGCCGGGCUCUCCCAGACCAAAUCCACUACUCGAUUCCGGAAGAGCUGGAUAAGAACACAGUGGUUGGAAACCUCGCCAAGGAUCUGGGGCUCAGUGUCCAGGAUUUGCCAGCCCGGAAACUGCGGAUUAGCGCAGAAAAGGAAUAUUUCACUUUAAAUCCACUGAGUGGGGACUUAACCGUGCGUGACAGAAUAGACCGAGAGCAAAUUUGCGGGAAGCAGCCUCAGUGUAUUCUGGAUUUCGAUACUGUCGCUGAAAACCCAUUUAAUAUUUAUCACGUAGCAGUCAUUGUGCAGGAUAUAAAUGACAACACUCCAUUAUUCAAACAGAGUAAGAUUGACUUAAAAAUUGUAGAAUCCACCAAACCAGGUACAACAUUUCCAUUAGACCCAGCUCUGGACUGCGAUGCAGGUCCUAAUUCACUGCAAAGAUACCACCUUAAUGACAAUGAAUACUUUGAUCUCGCAGAAAAACAGGCUCCAGAUGGACGUAAAUAUCCUGAGUUGAUUUUGAAACAUUCUCUGGACAGAGAAGAGCACAAUUUUCAUCAGCUGGUUCUCACAGCUGUGGAUGGGGGAGACCCACCUCAAAGUGGUACCACCCAGAUCCGAAUUCAAGUCACCGAUGCCAAUGAUAAUCCUCCGGUAUUCAGCCAGGAUGUGUACAGGGUCACCCUGCGGGAGAAUGUCCCCCCAGGCUUCUCAGUGCUUCAAGUGAUGACCACUGACCAGGAUGAGGGUGUCAAUGCAGAGGUCACCUAUUCCUUUCAUAAUGUGGAUGAACAAGUGGAACAUUUUUUCAACUUAGACAAAAAAACAGGAGAAAUCACAACAAAGGAUAAUUUGGAUUUUGAAAUUGCUAACAGUUACACUCUGAAUAUAGAAGCAAAAGAUCCUGGAGAUCUAGCAUCCCAUUGCAGUAUCCAAGUUGAAAUUCUCGAUGAGAAUGAUUGUGCACCUGAAGUGAUUGUGACUUCAGUCUUUGCUCCCCUGCCAGAAGAUUCACCACCAGGAACAGUGAUUGCCUUGAUAAAAACGAGAGACAGAGACUCAGGAGACAAUGGAGAAGUUUACUGUGAAAUUCGGGGACAUUCAGAGUUUAUAUUGAAAUCUUCCUUGAAGAACUACUACAAGCUAAUGACAGACCGGGUUCUAGACCGGGAGGAGAUCCCAGAAUACAACAUCACCAUCACAGCCACCGACAGGGGCAAGCCACCCCUCUCUUCCACGAUAAAGAUCACCCUGCACAUCUCAGAUGUCAAUGAUAAUGCACCAGUUUUCCAGCAGAGCUCCUACGUGGCCCAUGUGGCUGAGAACAAUCCACCUGGAGCCUCCAUCGCUCAGGUCAGUGCCUACGACCCGGACUUGGGCCCCAAUGGCCAAGUCUCCUACUCCAUCGUGGCUAGCGACCUGGAGCCUCAGGUCCUGUCGUCCUAUGUGUCCGUGAGCGCACAUAGUGGGGUGGUGUUCGCGCAGCGAGCCUUCGACCACGAGCAGCUACGCGUCUUCCAGCUGACGCUGCAAGCGCGCGACCAUGGCUCACCAGCUCUCAGCGCCAACGUGAGCCUGCGCGUGUUGAUAGGAGACCGCAACGACAACGCGCCACGGGUGCUCUAUCCCGCUCUCGCUCCCGACGGCUCAGCGCUCUUCGACACUGUGCCGCGCGCCGCGGAACCCGGCUACCUGGUCACCAAGGUGGUGGCUGUGGACGCGGACUCGGGACACAAUGCCUGGCUAUCCUACCAUGUGCUGCAGGCCAGCGACCCCGGACUCUUCAGCCUGGGGCUGCGCACUGGAGAGGUGCGCACAGCGCGUGCCUUGGGCGACAGGGAUGCGACUCGCCAGCGCCUACUAGUUGCUGUGCGUGAUGGUGGACAGCCACCCCUUUCGGCCACCGCCACGCUGCACCUGAUCUUCGCAGAUAGCCUGCAAGAGGUCUUGCCAGACCUCAGCGAUGACCCUCUGCCCACCGACCCCCAGACUGAGCUGCAGUUUUACCUGGUGUUGGCCUUGGCCUUGAUUUCUGUGCUAUUCCUUCUGGCGGUGAUUCUAGCUAUUGCUCUGCGCCUGAGACACUCCUUCAGUUCUGCUGCCUGGGGUUGCUUUGAACCAGGUUUGAGCUUCCAGUCUGGGCCUGGGGUUCUCCCCAAUCACAGUGAAGGAACAUUGCCCUAUUCUUACAAUGUGUGUAUUGCCUCACAAUCAGCUAAAACAGAGUUUAAUUUUCUCAAUGUGACACCAGAAAUGGCUCCUCCUGAGGACCUACUCUGUGAAGAUGCCUCUUGGGUACCAUGUACAAAUCAUGACAACACUAAUGUUCCCUUUGCCUCGGAUACUACUUUAAAGAAUUUAUAG